AUGGGGGGCAAGCAGAGCACGGCGGCCCGCUCGCGGGGCCCCUUCCCGGGGGUGUCGACGGAUGACAGCGCCGUGCCGCCGCCGGGAGGAGGGGGGGGGCCGCCCCCCUUCGGCCAUUACCGGGCGGGCGGCGGCGGCGGCGCCAUGGGGCUGCGCAGCCGCUCCGUCAGCUCGGUGGCCGGUAUGGGCAUGGACCCCGCGGCGGCCGGCGCCGUCCCCUUCGGGCUGUACGCGGCGGCGGCGCGGGCGGCGGGGGAGGCCGAGCGGGCCCCGGGCGGCGGCGGCGGCGGCCCGGGCUCCGACUCCACGUACGCCCAUGGCAACGGUUACCAGGAGACGGGAGGCGGUCACCAUAGAGACGGGAUGCUGUACCUGGGCGCCAGGGCCUCGCUGGCCGACGCGCUGCCCCUCCACAUCGCACCGCGGUGGUUCAGCUCGCACAGCGGUUUCAAGUGCCCCAUUUGCUCCAAAUCCGUGGCUUCUGACGAGAUGGAAAUGCACUUUAUCAUGUGUCUGAGCAAACCUCGUCUCUCCUACAACGAUGACGUGCUGACCAAGGACGCCGGCGAGUGCGUGAUCUGCCUGGAGGAGCUGCUGCAGGGGGACACGAUAGCCAGGCUGCCCUGCCUCUGCAUUUAUCACAAAAGCUGUAUAGACUCAUGGUUUGAAGUGAACAGAUCUUGCCCGGAGCAUCCUUCCGAUUGACCCGCCGGGCGUGCUUGCUGACUUCUAAGGGCACCUUGCUAUACCUGCUGUACCUCCUCUCCCCGUCCCCCCCGCCCCGCCUGGAGUUUUGGGCUGACUUUAAAUUCCUUGAGAAGACAAAAAAUAAAACCCAGAAACUUGAAUCCACUUGGGACAACGGCGAAUUUUUUUUUUAUUUUAUUUUAUUACUUUUAUUUGUUUUGUUGGUUUUUUUGUUUUUUUUUUUUUUAAUUUAAAAGAUUUAAAAAAAAAAAAAAAAGAAACAUCCAGGAGAAGACAGUGUGAGAAAAGCGGAGCGACCCGCUCUCCCCUCCACAGCCGCUGGUCACCAGGAGAGCUCUGCCUGCCAGGGAGGCCCCAGGGACGCCCUCGGCCGAAACCCCGCCAUGAUGUUUGGCUUUUCUCCCCGAAACGAAGGGGAAAGCUGCCGGGGGACAGCCGGCCAAACGGAGCACGCGGCAUUUCUCACCGGCAACCCCCCCACCUCCCACCCGGACUCGCCCGGGGGCUCUGCUCGGUUUUUUUGCACUGACUAAACGGGAAUUUUCUCCUCUCUCCCGUCUCCCUUUUGGAGAUCUCCACCCCGGCCCUGGCAGCGUGAGAGGGGGACUCUGCCCCACGCCGGGAGCGGGGCCACUGCUCCCCCCUGCCGAGUCGCGGGGGUCCGUCUUUCAAGUGUUUACA